GGGCGGACAGGCUCGCCCGCACCUGCUCCUUUCUCGUCUUUCCUCCUCCUCCUCCUCCUCGCCCCCCCCGGCCGCGGCUCGGCCGUCCCCACCGCGCUCCGGCACGGCACGAUGCUGCCCAGGGGAUCCUCGUCCAUGCCGCCGCCUCCCAACCCCGCUGCCUACUUUCCGCCCCCCCAGGUCACUUUGCCCUCCGGCUUGGAGAUCCUGCGCACCUACUCGGGAGCCGUGAUCUUCCUGGAGAUCCUGUUUGGAACGAUAGUCUGGAUUUUGGUAGCUUCUACUCGAGUUCCACUGCCACUGCUGCAGGGAUGGGUAAUGUUUGUAGCAGUGACUGCAUGGUUACUGUCCAUCUUGUUCCUGUGUGUGUUCCUCUUCGGUUAUGCAAAUAGAAUUGCUGUCAACUGGAACCAGACGGAUUUUCUUUUUCAUGGGGCUACUUUCGUCUUUUAUUUUGGAGCUUUUCUUCUGCAAGCAGGAACAACAUCUCUGCAUCACUUUCCACGCAAAUUCAAUUCCACCACACAAGACAAGAUUCUGGCUGAUCAUGAAUAUAACAUAAGUAUAGCAGCCUCGAUUUUUGCCUUUGCAACAGCAGUUUGUUACGGUUGCAGCACAGCCCUGGCAUUAAGGAGAUGGAGGCUAUAGCAGCUGAAGACAGGUCAAAGCCUGAGUGUUCCACUUCAGAUCAAAUUAAGUGCUACUUCUCUAUUUUACUGUAAUCCAAUCCCCAAAAGACUUUUUUUGCUUAGAAUCUGUUUUUAAGUGCUAAAAUGAAAACGAUCCCUAAUCAGGAUUUUCUUAACAGAAAACAAAUUUCCAUCUCUUCCUUUUCUAAUUUGUACUUUUAUUUAAGCGUAUUCACUAGAAGCAUACUCAUUGUGUGGUAUUAGAGUUCAGGGAUAAACAGAUGUGUCAUUAGCAGAUAAUGGAAUACUUGUGCUAAAUCAAAAGAGGAAGAAAAUGGAAACAAAACAAACAUAUUAACUGCAUAGGCAGCUAAAAAGCUCCCCCUUUUUAAGUCCUGGGAUUGGGCCUUAAGUGUUUUGCAGCACUACAGUGUAUUCCACACAGGUAGGGCCUUGAGGCUCCUUACAGUCAUGUUUUCUCUGUGCUGCUCCUUGCGUGAUCAGAGCCCAAGCUCACAUUGUGAUACCAACUUAGUAUAUAUAUUAUUAACUUUGAUGUACAGAGAAAAUAUUUUAAAUAUCCAUCCAGUGAAAUCUUUUGAUACUCUUUUAUAGCCAUAUCCAGCUACGGUCAUCUGAUCCUUAAAGCUUACUGUGUUCCUUAGUAAAUGGAAAAUGUUUGGGACUGUCAGUCAGUAGUUCAUUAGUUUUAGGAAUUUAGCUUAAUGAGAUCUAUUUAUACUGCAAAACAAAACAGUGCAUUUGUGUUGUAUUUGUAUAUACUUGGUAUAUUUUUGUUUAAUAGGAAUAUUUGCACUGUUUUACUUUGUUGGAGUACAGCUUUGUUUUUGUUACUUCAAGUGCUGCAUUUAUUACUUGUUAUACGAGUCAAUGUCAUUUGAAUGGAAUGUUACCAAAUGGUGAAUAAUGUCUGACCUCAAUUCUCGCAGUGUGUUAUUUGUUGCCUUCUACAUUCUAAUCGCUGCAGUGUUGUAAAGGUGUUUUUAUUUGGAGAGAUGCCUGUGCAACAUGUUACUAUAAUCAGUGGAAUGCAAUGCAGUUUGCCCACUAGGAGUUUGCUUUUGGCAGGAAUGAGUUUUGUUGGGCCUCUCUUGACUAUCCCAGCUGAGUAAUGAUAAUAUAUAUGUGAUAAUAUAUAUAAAAAAUUAAUUUAACAGAAAUAAAUGAUAGGAUUGCUCUCUGCUCCCUAACAUCCUGUUCUGCAGAUGAUGAAACAUUUUUAAUAAUGCUAGUAAAUAAUUUGAGCUUUUGUGAUUAUUGCCAAAUUAAUAACCUGGGAGAAUAAAGGCUCCUUGUCAUUCAUAGACAACUUGCUCAACGCCUCUUGCCAGUGCACCUGAAUGUUCUGCAGGGACCAGCAGUAGCUGGGUAAGGGAAGACAGGACUUUCUUUAUCCCCAUGCCUACUUAUUCUCCUUGAGUCUGCAAGGGUGUCUGCUAUGAAGGUUACUUUAUCAAGCUUGUCAGAUACAAGGAUCUCUGAGAGCCAGCCACCCUCAGUAGUGCCCUGCAGUCCCUGCUGAGCCAGGACAGGUUCUUAUGGAUGACAUAGCAGUGAGUGGCAGCACUACUGGAACUACUCAGUCAUUCUAAAUUACUGCAAUGGGUUGGUUUUGUAUAUCUUGUUCUCUGAAACUUUGAUCUUCCAAAGAUUUUGUACUCUGGCUGAUUUGUUAUUUUUUUUCCCUAAUUCUCUACUUGUAUUGAAACUUGUUUUGUGAAUGCUUUACCUAGAGCCAUGUACUUCUAAAAAUACUUCAUAUUGUAUAAGAUGCAUUUACAGUGGAGUAAACAAAGACUUAUGCUAAGCAGCAUUAAAGUUACUUAAUAUAUUUAU